CGCUGAGCCCCCCGACCCCCCAGCACCGCCGGGGCCGCCGCCCCCCACCAUGGGCUGGGGGGGUCUCCUCGUGCUCUGCCUGCUCCGCGGGGCGCUGGGCGCAGGACGCCCCCCCGGGAGUGAGGGACGGAGGGCUCGGGACGUGUCCGAGGGGACCCGCAUCUCCCAGGACCUGGUGGGCGGCAGCCUGGCCAUCGACACCCUGUGGGCCAACGAGAGCCGCAUCGUGGAGGACAACCACAGCUAUUACGUGUCGCGGAUCUACGGCCCCGGGGACGCGCGGCGCGGGCGGCUCUGGGUGGACAUGGCAGCGGCCAACGGGAGCCGAGCCCGGAUCCACGGGAUCCUCUCCAACACGCACCGGCAGGCCUCGAGGAUCGUCCUGUCCUUCGAUUUCCCGUUCUACGGCCACCUCCUGCGGCAGGUCACCAUCGCCACGGGCGGUUUUAUCUUCGUGGGGGACGUCAUCCACCGCAUGCUCACGGCCACGCAGUACAUCGCGCCCCUCAUGGCCAACUUCAACCCCAGCUACUCCCGAAACUCCACCGUGCAGUACCUGGACAACGGGACGGUGUUUGUGGUGCAGUGGGACAAGGUUUAUCUGCAGGGCAAGGAGGACAUGGGCAGCUUCACUUUCCAGGCCGCCCUGCACAGCAGCGGGAGGAUCGUCUUCGGCUACAAGGAGAUCCCGGUGCCGGUCCUGCAGAUCAGCGCCAGCCAGCACCCCGUGAAGGCCGGGCUCUCCGAUGCCUUCAUGGUCCUCAACCCCUCUCCCGAUGUCCCUGAGUCCCGGCGCCGGACAAUCUACGAGUACCACCGUGUGGAGCUGGACACCAGCAGGAUCACCAGCCUGUCCGCCGUGGAGUUCACCCCACUGCCCACCUGUCUGCAGCACCAGAGCUGCGAAAUGUGCGUGAGCUCGGAGCUGACCUUCAACUGCAGCUGGUGCCACGUCCUGCAGAGGUGCUCCAGCGGCUUCGACCGCUACCGGGAGGAGUGGCUGAGCUACGGCUGCGGCCAGCAGCGGGACGAGGGGAGCUGUGAGGAUCUGGCGGAAGGCGAGCGUUCCCCCGCGCCCCCGGCCAGCCCCGCGACCCCGCGGCCGCAGCGCGGCUCCUCCGCCACGGCCUCGCUCUUCCUCGGCAGCCUCACCACCGAAGACGACACGAAGCUCAAUCAGUUUGCGGGAGGAGAAGGCACGGGGAGCAGCAUUCCCUCCGGGAGCGGCGGCGCCCCGCUGGCCACGGGCACCGUGGUGGGAAUUGUGGUGGCCGUGCUGCUCCUGGCCGGGAUCAUCCUGGCCGGGAUCUACAUCAGCGGCCACCCCACGUCCAGCGCCGCCCUGUUCCUCAUCGAGCGGAGGCCGCACCGCUGGCCCGCCAUGAAAUUCCGGAACCGCUCCAACCCCUCCUCGUACGCCGAGGUGGAGGCGGCCAGCCAGGAAAAAGAGGGAUUUGUGGAGGCCGAGCAGUGCUGAGCGCUUCUCCCGAGGAAUCCCAAGGAAUCCCCAGGAAUCCCAAGGAAUCCCCAGGAAUCCUGAGCCUCCCGCAUCCCAAAGCGCCGGAAUCUUCCCUCGCCCCACGAAUCUGUCCCCUCUUGGAAAAGGAGCGGCGAGGAGAGGGAGAAGAUCCCAAGAAGGAGAUUUUUUUUUGGGGGGAGGAAUUUUGGGAGGGGAUCCGUGCCGGGCCUGCCCGGAUCCUCGCGGAUUCCCGGCUGGACACGCCGGGAAAACAAAGAAACAGCGGCCGAUUUUUCCAGCUUGGUGGGGAUUUCUGCCCUUUUUUUGGUUGUUUUUGGUUGUUUUUCCUCUUCCCUCUUCUGCUGGAGCCUUGCCGGGGGCUGGGAAUGUGGGGGAAUCUCCCUGUGGGCUUGGCUGGAGCAGCAGGGAGGAUUUUUGGGGCUCUGUGCUCGGGAACGUCGUGCCGGCGCCUCCGGAGCGGGAAGAGAUUCCGUGGUGUCCCAGGAGAGGCACCCAGGGCUCCUCUCCCACCCCCUCCGUCCCUUUCUCCGCUCUCCCUUUCCCCUUCCGUCGACAUUUUCAUUUUGCCCUCGUGGCCCUGCUGCCAUUCCCGCUUUUCCCACCCUUCCUCUGUUUUUCCAACCCUCCCCAAUUCCAACUCUCCCUUCCCAGCUUCCCCUUCCACCCCCAGCUCCCAGGAAAGGGAAAUUCGGGUUAUUUUGAGACCAAAACCCCGCCGAGGAUUCACCUCCGGGACGAGCGCGGGGCCCGCGGCUUUGCUGCGCUUUUGGGCGCUUAAUUAGCUCAUUAAAUUGCUAAUUGUGACCCUUGGCCCUGAAGGAGAUGAGGAGAGGGGGGAAAAUAAAUCUGAGAUUCCGCCAAAACGCGUCCUCUGAUGGCCACGGAUGCAACGGGAACGGAGAGGGUUGGAAGGGCAGAGCUCCGGGAUAAAUCCUGGAGGAAAUCCAAGCUCGUCCUUGGGGGUUUUCAGAUCCCUGAGGAGCGCCCGGACAUCGCGGGAAAACUGAAAAUCACCCCCAUAAAAAUCCUCAUUUUCAGUUUGUUUCUCAUUUUGGUUUCAUUUCUGGGACCAGCACCUGGGUUUGGAUGGAUUUUGGGAUCCCAGAUCCCAAGGAAGGCUUUGGUCCGGGAUCUCUUGGGGUUUUCUACUCCUCCCUGUGAAAUAAUCCCACAGAUCUGACCCUAAACUGAAGGAAAUAAAACCCCCCAAAAUCCCAAAUCCAGAGGGAAUUAAACUUUCUUUCCCCCCACCACAAAAACUGUUGGAUUCUGGAAUUUUCCCCCUCUUCAUUUUUAAUUUUCUCCUGCUCCUUAGCUCGUUAUUCCGAUAAUCAAAUUUGGGCAGGAUUUUUCGCCUGGAAAUGCAAGCCCAGGUCCAAAGCAGCGUCUUGAGCCGUAAUUAACGGGAGGAGGGAGCAGAUUGCUCCGGCAGAGCCCGUGGGUGGAGGAAUAAAAUCUCAAAGAGACGCUCGGAAUCUGAAUAUUCCAGGCAGGAUUCGGCUCUGGGUGCGAGUGGGAGC